AGAAAGACGAGAAAAAAACGGAAGGAAAAGGAGUGGAGGAUCGAUUCUUCACAGGAGAAUCCAGCCAUAGCAGCACUUACCAUCCCCAACACAUAAAACCCUUCGCUUUUCUUGCUAAAAAGGGAAUCUUUCAACGCAAAGGGUUCGUAUUCUGUUCGUUGUUUCAUAAAAUUUCUUCAUUGGUUACCCAGAAUUCGCACAUUUACAGAUCUCUUUCACCCCCUUGAAAUUGAAAUCCUCAGUAGCUGAACCUUGCCUUUGAAUACUUCAAUCAACGCGUGGGCCAGCUAGUAGCUUGAUGCAGCAGGGGAAAAUGUUUCGUAAUCUAUGAUUAGUUGUCUAGGGGAAGACCUCUACCAGUUUACUUGAAUGAGGAUACGAAUGUGGCUUUCAAUAGAACAAAGUUUUUACCUGAUUUGAACUUGUGGGGAGGUGUUCAAGUGCAUUAGUGAUGUGGACAAAUGUCUUCAAAAUCGGUGGUCUACAUCAAGUAUCAUGGUUCCAAUAUCUCCCGAAUGAAUCUGAUCCCAACAUUUCUGAUAGAAGUGCAAAGUUGAACCAAAGAGAUUUUGCUGCACAAUUAGUCCUUUCAUCCCAUUUGCAGUUACAAAAAGAUGGAUUCCUUAGCACUUGGGGUAAUUCUUUUGUUGGCCCUUGGGAUCCAUCUCAGGGUCUACAUAACCCUGAUGAGAAAAUCAAGCUAUGGCUUUUUAUCCCUGGUCGCCAUUCGUCUCCCAAUGAUAAAGCCAAAGCCAUUGUAUCUAAACUAAGAGUUCUUGCAUCUGGAGUUUGGUUAGCACCUGGGGAUUCUGAAGAGGUGGCAGCUGCACUUUCUCAAGCUUUAAGGAAUUGUAUUGAAAGAGCAUUAGUAAAUCUUUCAUAUAUGAGAUUUGGGGAUGUAUUUUCAAGAUACCAUCCAUCUUCACAAGGAGAAUCAUUCAGGAGAGGCAGACCAAUGCUUGAGUUCAUAUUUACUGCAACAGAAGAAGCAGUAUUCGUUCAUGUCAUAAUAUCUGCAAAGCAUGUUCGGGCACUUUCAAAUGGUGACAUGGAGGCAAUCUUGAAGCGCACGUCUAGUCAUUCUAGUGACAGGCUUCCAGUUAUUGCCUCACCUCAUGGAAUGCGUGGCAGACUUACAGGAUUUUGUCCAGGUGAUCUUGUGAAGCAAUUGUAUUUCAGUUCUGGAAAGUUCAAGGCUUCAAAUGGAAUUGUAGGUCUUCCAAACCAAAUGUCCCAAACCUCCGGGUGCCAACUCAGGGGCCAAAAAUGUUACCUUGAAGUAACCCUAGGGUGCGAAAGUGUCAAAAGUGAGAAACCAUUACCAUCAAAUUCAACUAAAAACUUUUCAAAGCAUCAUUCAACUGAAAAUGAGAAGGGGCCCACGUACGAUAAAACUUUCAUAUAUCCAACCGAAGCAGUUCUUGUACCCGUUGUUCAAACAUCAUCUGCUAGAUCCUCUCUAAAAAGAUUCUGGCUUCAAAACUGGAUGGGCCCAUCAUUGUCUGGUUCCUCUUUCUCUAUGCAAUGUGAUGCUUUGAGUAGCAUGGAUGGAUCAUGGCAUGAUGCAAGCAUCCGUUGUCAACAGGGUUACAAUAGUAGUGGGAAUAGUAAUAGUAGCAGUAUUAGCACAAGUUCAUCCAGUGAUAGUGAUUAUAGAAUGACAGCAGAAACUGGUGACCUUGAGGCUGAUGCUGAUUCUCUUUCUUGCAUAAAAUCUGGAUUAACUUCUGCUGAUCAAAUGCAUAUUGAUGCCUCCAAAAUGGGUAGCAAGCGAUCCAGGCCUGGAAUGACUGAGUCAUAUGGUCAAGCUGGAGCUGUCAUUAAUGACUUUGGGUCAAUGGAGGUCAACAAUGAGCAAGGUGGGUCCCAGUGGGAUUGGGAUGAUGAUGACAGAGGCAUGGGCAUGGACAUCCAAGCACUUCUCUCAGAGUUUGGAGAUUUUGGAGACUUUUUUGAAAAUGAUGCUUUACCUUUUGGAGAACCACCAGGGACUGAAGAGUCACAAACACAAACUCCCAUGUUUUCUGCAACGGAUGGUGGAGAUGCAAGUAGCAGCCCAUUUACAGGGAUGAUGGAUGCAUCUGAUCAGAUCAUUAUUCCACUUGGGUUUUCAUCUUUUGAAAGUUUUAAUCCACCAUCAACUGUUAUAGAAGAAUCCAUAAGCAAAAAUCAAGAACUCACAAAAGAAACAGUGUCAUCAGGCUCAAUGAACUACAACCCACCAGCUAACAACACUGAGUUUGAUUAUGUAAUAAAAGCAGAAGCCAUGAUGACAUUCGCACCUGAAUAUUCAGCAGUUGAAACCCCGGGAAAUGACUUGUUAUUAACUGUCAUUAAAACUCCAUAUGUCCCAAAAUCAAGAACAACCGAAAGUGCAAAUUCAAGCACGAAUAAUUACAUCUACUCUUCAAUUCCUCCUAAGCAUGAUUUAUCUGAUGAUAAAUCGGGUGCGAAUUUGAAUGAUAAGAACUACUACACUCAUGUGGAAAGUGGAAAACUUAAAGAUACAAAAGAUGAAAAGGAUGAAAAGCUUUCGUUUCGCGACAGUUUUGGUUUUGAAGAAGAUGUUGCUAAUGCUAAAGGUUUCAGUUCUUUAAAUACUGCUUCAAGAUCAAAGAUUUUGGAAGGAGGAUUAGGAAUGGAGAAUUUUGUUUUGUCAUCAAAGACAGGUGUCGCGAAUGAACUCGAAUGCGUCAUGUUUCAAGCUUUUAUGUGUAGAAUAAGACAUACAUUAUUAGCUUCAAACAGAUUAUCCAGGAACAACAACAACAACAACAACAACAGUAAUAAUAAUAAUACAAUUUUGUAUCAAAUGCAUAGUGAAUCGAAUGUUUUGGGGGAUAACAUGUCAUCAAAAUACGAUAUAAAAAAGAAAGAAACAAUUCCAGUUAGAAUCGCGGGUGGUGACAUGGACACUGGGCUUCUAGAUGGGCCUUUGAACUCGCCUGUUGGUGUUUGGAGGACAGUUGGUGUCGCGAAAGGGUCAAAGGCAAUGAGCAUGACACAGAAUAUGGAAUCUUUCGGGAAUAUUCCUCAUAAUUCUUUUACUGAGGAAGGAAUGUUGUUGUCAUAUGGUCAAAGGCAACCUCUUUUAGAGCUUCUUGAUGGAAUGUCUUUGCUUUUUCAACAAGCGUUGACUUUUGUUGAUGUGACUUUGGAUUCGGAUUGUGGAGACGGGCCCUACGGGUGGUUGGCAAUGCAAGAGCAAUGGAGACGCGGGUUUUCAUGUGGGCCCGCUUUGGUUCAUGCGGGUUGUGGCGGUGUGUUGGCGGCUUCUCAUUCUCUUGAUAUUGCUGGUGUUGAGUUAGCGGAUCCACUUUCCGCUGAUGUUCCGGCAUCAUAUGCUAUAACAUUACUACAAUCGGACAUAAAAUUAGCCUUGAAAUCGGCUUUUGGCAACUUUGAUGGACCCUUGUUAGUCACGGAUUGGUGCAAAGGGCGAAAUGGUCAAAUUGAUGGGUUUUCAGCUGAGUCAUCAGCAAGUAUAAACGAUUGUAGAGAUUCUUCAAGUACACCAACAAGCCCAUCUCAAUCUGCUGGUGGAUCAACAUCCUGUCUUAGCAAAGAUGGAAAUCGAAUUGAUGAUGUAAGCGAAAGAAGAUCAAACCAAGAUGAGUCAGAGCAGCAACUCGGCCUCAGGCCUGCACUUCUUGUGCUUCCUAUUCCUGCUAUUCUUGUUGGGUACCAAGAUGAUUGGCUAAAGACAUCAGCAAGCUCUCUUCAACAUUGGGAAAAAGCUCCUUUUGAACCUUAUGCUAUGCAGAAACACAUGAAUUAUUGCGUUGUAUGUCCAGAUAUCGAUCCCCUUACAACUGCUGCUGCAGACUUCUUUCAACAGCUCGACACUGUUUAUGAAACCUGCAAAUUGGGAACUCAUUCACCUCAAAAUUUGGGUAACCAAACUUCCAAAGACUCGGUCAAAUGGUCAACUUCCGGGUUUGUUUUACUGGAUUGCCCUCAAUCAAUGAAGAUCGAAGGCGAUAGUGCAUCUCUCGUGGGAUCAAUCAGUGAUUACUUUCUUUCUUUAUCCAACGGUUGGGAUUUAACAAGUUUCUUGAAAUCCCUCUCCAAAGUUCUCAAAACCCUAAAACUCAAUUCCAUCUUUGCCCCUAAUUCAAAAGAAGGAAACACCACUCCAUGCACAGUAAUAUACGUGGUGUGCCCAUUUCCCGAACCCGUUUCAAUUUUAAAAACCGUGGUUGAAUCAUGUGUAGCCAUUGGAUCUGCCAUGUGUCCACCAUCCGAUAAAGAACGAAGAUCCGCCUUACAAAAUCAAGUUGGAAAGGCUUUAAGUUGCACAACAGCUGUAGAUGAAGCAUCAAUUUCAAACAUCGUGACAAUUUCCGGUUUCAGUGUCCCUAAAUUAGUCCUCCAAAUCAUAACCGUUGAUUCCAUCUUUCGUGUCACAACCCCGUCUCUCAACGAGCCCGUGAUUUUGAAAGAAAUCGCCUUCACGGUCUACAAUAAAGCCCGAAGAAUCUCCCGAGGGAACGGAAUCACCGAUUCCAUUCCAUCGGUUAGAUCUCAGUCGCAGUCUCAUUCGGGAAUGAUGCAAAUGAAUUCGAAUUCGCCGAUUCCAGGGAUGUGGAAAGACUCAAUUGCCCCUCGAAUGGUGGGACCUAGAGAGGGCGAGUGGGAUAACAACUCAUGGCAAAUGUCUAAUCGUGUCACGGGAGAAUAUUUUCUUCAAGAUGAAUUGAAAUACAUGUUUGAGCCGCUUUUUAUUCUCGCGGAUUCCCCGGAACGCGGGAUUCCGCCGGAAUCACUGAAGGUUUUGUCAGAUGAUGGGACGAGUUCGGAUACCGGAGACGGGUUGGAUGACGGAUACGGGUCGACCCAUAAACCGCCCCCGAGUUUACAUUGUUGUUAUGGAUGGACAGAGGAUUGGAAGUGGCUUGUUUGUAUAUGGACUGAUUCCAGAGGGGAAUUGCUUGAUAGCUAUACGUUUCCAUUCGGUGGAAUCAGUAGUAGACAAGACACAAAGGGGCUUCAAUUCCUUUUUGUUCAAAUUUUGCAACAAGGUUGUCAGAUACUUCAGGCAUGUUCGCCGGAAACCACCACCGCCAGGCCACGAGAUUUUGUCAUUACGCGUAUCGGUUGCUUCUUUGAACUCGAAUGCCAAGAAUGGCAGAAAGCGCUUUAUUCUAUUGGUGGCUCGGAGGUGAAAAAGUGGUCGUUGCAGCUCCGGCGAUCGGUGCCGGAUGGGAUUCCGGCGAGUAGUAAUGGCGGUUCUGAAAUGGGUAUGAUUCAAGAUCGGAAUCUGGCGACUCAUGGGAAGGGUGGUGGGUUUAUGAAAGGUGGUGGGAUGGGACAGGCGGCUUCUAGAAAGCAGAUUUUGAGUGGUGGUGGACAUAUGGGAAUGGAUAAUUCCAAGGGUUUGCUUCAAUGGGUGCAAAGUAUAACUUUUGUAUCGGUUUCAGUUGAUCAUUCUUUACAGUUGGUUUAUCAAGCAGAUUCAUCUCCAGGGACAACUCAAGGGAGUGGAAUCAUGGGGCAAUCGGUCUACACGGAAGGAUUCACACCUGUAAAAUCAUUGGGUUCCACAUCAGCAUCUUACAUAUUCAUUCCAUCACCCACCAUGCGAUUCCUCCCCCCAAACCCCCUCCAACUCCCCACCUGCCUAACCUCGGAAUCACCGCCACUCGCCCACCUCCUCCACAGCAAGGGUUCCGCCAUUCCCAUUUCCACCGGAUUUGUAGUCUCAAAAGCCGUUCCUUCCAUGCGAAAAGACUCAAGAACCAACUCCAAAGAAGAAUGGCCUUCGAUUCUCUCAGUAGCCCUUUUCGAUUACUACGGAGGCAAUAACAAUAACAAUAGCAACAACAAUAAUAAUAACAACAACAAUAAUAAUAACGAAAAAACAUCCAAGAACAUGGGAAAGUCUACGGAGAAUCAUGUGAUUUUGGAUAGAGUGGCAGCUGAGCUACACGCGUUGUCUUGGAUGACUGUGAGCCCGGGGUACUUAGAAAGAAGAACAUCGCUUCCUUUUCAUUGUGAUAUGGUGUUGAGGUUAAGAAGGCUUUUGCAUUUUGCAGAUAAACAACUCUCGCAGAUUUCGAUUAAAUCAGAAGUUUAGAUGUUAGUGGUUGUGGAGAAAUAGUUGUACAAUGUAUAACUAAAAAAAAAAAAUGCAUGAUUGUAGGUUUUUUUUUGGGUGAUUAGGGUUAAUGUUUUUAUCAAGGGUUGUGAGAAAUAGAGGGGAGAUUAAAAUACAUAGAUGGUCAUCAAGUGUUGUAGUGGUAGGAGUUGUUGAUUGUUUGUACAAAAACAACAUUUGGAUUUUGAAGGGUGUUUGUGAAGCAUUAUAG